AUGUGCUUGUCUGAGGACGAGAGGAGACUUCUGUGGGAGAAGAUAGAGGAUCUCGACUCCGAGAUGAAUGUGGCGGUAUCUGAAGAGAACUACUCGCGGGCAGCAGAGCUGAGGGAUGAGAUCGCCCGCCUGAAAUCGACAGACCCCUACUCCAACGCGGAGGCAGAGCUCUCCAUCGCCGUAGCAAACGAACGCUACGAGGAAGCGGCGGCGCUGAGGAAGAAGAUGAAGGAGCUCGCUCUAGCUACUCCUAUCACCCAACCUGCUGACUCGCUCGGCAUCAAAGCCAACAGCGAUACAGUGACGAGGGGGGUGCGCAUUCAGACGGUGGGCUUCUACCUGCCUGACCCGAGCUCUCCCUCCGAUGGGCGUUUCAUGUUCGGUUACAAUGUCACGAUCACCAACCUCAACAACGAGACCUGCCAGCUCCUCUCCCGUACUUGGCUGAUCAAAACGCGGGUGACGCCCUCCGACUCCAAGACUCAAGUUGUAAGUGGCUCCGGUGUGAUCGGGCGGCAGCCGGUGCUGGGGCCGAACGAGAGUUUCACGUAUUCUUCAUUGUGCCCUCUGUCUCUGGACGAGAGCUACCUCAGGAACCUCCCACAAGACAGAGUAAGAAACUGA